CAGAAACCUGCCUCCCUACCCGGCAGGACGUGUGCCUGUUCUCGGGCACAUUCUCGCCUUGGGACGAGCGCCUUAUCUCAAGCUGACGGCGUGGAGGCGGCAGUGCGGGGACGUCUUUACCGUCAGGAUGGGGGUGGAAGACGUGGUGGUUCUGAACGGCUACACUGCCGUCAAGGACGCGCUCGUCGACAGGUCUGACCUGUUCGCCUCCAGGGCGCAAAUUUACCUGGCUGAUGCAUUACUUGGUUUUGGAAAAGACAUAGUAACUGCCCGCUGGGGGGCGGAGUUUAAACAGAGAAAAAGGUUCGCCACCGCCGCUCUGAAGAACCUUGGCAUGAAGGUCGGAACUGGCAGCAUUGAGGAGAAAAUCGCAGAGGAGGCAAGCUGUCUCCGCAACAGGGUAAGACAAAAGUAG